AUGGGAAUAACUGUCGUAUUAUAUCCAAGUCUUACGCCUAUCGAAGGACAAAAUCUUCGUCGUUUUACUGGAAAUGCUCAGAGACUUUCAUUAUGGCAGUAAGUAUGAAGAAAAUGACAAUGUCACAUUGUCUUUGAAUUAUAUAUUCAAACUGCAUAAAUUAUAUAUUAUUUAUUAUAUUAGAAAAUUUAAAUAUGGGACCUUGUGUUCUUACGCAAUUUAAAUUGAAUAAUUUGAAUUUGAAAGGUUCACUUUUUUUUAGACACACUGUAUAUAAAUAUUUUAAACUACAUAAAUUAUAUAUAUAAACUGCAUAAAUUAUAUAUUAAUAUUGUCAAAACCGUGUUUUAAACGGCAUAAAUUAAUAAUUAAUAUACAUUUGCGCACACACAAAUAAAACGAGGAGAAAAUAUAGCUUGUUGGUGGGGCGAGACUUUUUUUAUUCAUUGGUUUACUACAAUUUUAGUUAAUUUUAAUUAAUUUGGGGUUCUGACAUGAAGUACACUUCAAGUGAACUUUGACUCUAGGUACUGCUGGCUCAUGUUAUCGUUGUGACACUCAAUAUGUAGAUUAGCCACGUUUUUUGCGGGUUUUUUUUUGUUUGUUUUUUUUAAAUUGACGUUAAAAAAUUUUAUAAAGAUUAUUAAUUUCGGUUCUCAUUUAUACUCAGUUCGUUUUUUUAAAUUUUUUUCCGACCUACCGACCUCUUAUUUUUAAAGUCAAAUCCGUAAACCAAUAAAUAAAAAAAGUCUCGCCUGGAGGGAAAAAUACAGUUUUUAUUAGUUGUAAAUAUUUUUAACAGCUGGGUUCUUAUUUAUUUCAGGUCGUGUGUUCGAGCUACGCUGAAGAAUUUCAUGAUUACAUUUUUCUUUCCCAUCAUAUUUACCACUAUGUUCUUGCAGAACUUUCGGACACCUUAUGACUUUCUCGCGAGCUCAGUUGUCGUCGACGCUAACCGAAAACGCCUGAUUCCACAAAACUAA